ACAUUUUUUCGAAAAUUUUUUAGUUCAUGAACUGAAAUUAGGGUUUUCUUUGUUGAUUUCGUGCCUUUGCAGACUUUUUUAGAAGUCUUCUUAUCGGUAUCUUCAUUGUCUUAUUUGUUGGUGUAAUAGCCAAAUUUGUGCCCUGUUUGGAUGAUGAAAAUUGUGGAAAAAGGUUGGCUGUGUUCUGGAAUGUGAGAAUUUUUUAAACAAUUAAACGAAAGGAACAAAAUAAAAAAUAUUUUUCAUUCUUGAUUCGUUGAGAAAUGAGUAUAUUGGAUCAAGGAAUUUAGCGUUUGAUCUUGGGGUUUAUGUUGUUGGAUUUUAUUAAUGAAAUUGUGUGGAUUCUUUAUUUGUUUUGGUUGAUUAGGAUUGGGCAUUCAGUUAGUUGAGUUUUCUAUGUGAAUGAGGGUUGUGGAAAUUGUUUGACUGGAGAAUGGGUUUUGGAUUUGGGUGAGAGGUUUGCCUUUGGUUGAUGAUGAAUGAGAAUUUUGGUUUAUUGGAUUUCUUGUAAAUGUGAUCCUCUGAGCGGAGAAUUUGGUUUUCAUCAAAUAUUUUAGGGUUCUUUGAGCAGAGAAUUUGAUUCUCAUCAAAUAUUUAUAACCAUCCUAUGUUCAGCAUGAUGUUUAUCUUGGAAACAAAAAGAUCGAGUUAUCUGUUAUUGUCAAUAAGUAGAAAAACCUUGAUAUGGGACAAGGAGGAGACUCUAUUUGCAAAUGGUGAGGAAAUUGUCUUAACCUUUGCCAGCAGUGAUGUCAAUAAGAAAAAUCCUCUACUGUUGGCAGUGGCCCUCAAGGCUGAAGGAAAUAUAUCCUGGAAGACAGUUUGGCAAAGUGGACACAUUGCGUCUUGCUGCUGUGAUGCUAGAGAAUAUAAAUCCUGGGUGAAAAUAUUCCAACCAAUAUUUUUUGAUAAAAGAGUAUGCAACAGGGAAAAGGUAACUAAAGAGUAACAUAUUAUAUCAUGUUAUAAAUGUUUAAUUAAUGGAAAGAGAAGCUAAGAUUCAAAAGUAAUCAAUGAAAAUAAUGAGAAUCAAUAGAUAAGUGAAGUAUUAAUAUUAAUUUCUGAAAAGGAAGGAAAGAAUAUUUCUUUUUCAUUCUUUCCCACUUAGGAAAGGAUAAAGAGAAUAAUAACUUCUGCUUUUCUAAUUUUUCCUUUUGCUUUGUUUUUCUCUGUUCACAAACAAGACUAUGCUUUCCUUUUCAAUUGAGCAAACAUAACAAAAUAAAAAGAUAGGAGAAAGAAAUCCUGAAGCCACAUGGGUGACCAGUACUUGAAGCCAUUAUGAUAAUGUUUUGAUAUAUACUCCAGACCCUACAGAUCAUUUAAAUAUUCUUAAUGUAUGUGCAAUGUAUAAUCUAUACGUUUUAACCUGGCCCAUCUCUUUACAGGAAACUACAUUAUAUGCUGCAAUCCAAACCUUAGGAGGAAACAUACCUCUAAUUAAGCUUUAGAUUAUUGAAGUUCUAUAAUGCUGUAUUUAGCAAAAGUAAAAGAAUAAUAUUCAUAAUUGAUUCUUUCUAAUGUAGAUGAUGUAGCAAACUGAUGUCUGUAAAUUCAUAGAUUACUACUGGGUGCUACCUUAUUAAAAGUGUAAAUAACCACCUAUACCCUGUAAACUAGGAGAUGACUUAGACCAGAUUCUAUUUACCCUGACCAAAACUGGAAAAUAAAGAUAAAGAAUUUCAGUUGCGUAUCUUCUUGCUCUAGAUUGAGAGUAAGAUAACGAAUUUCAAAUUUUUUUAGAGAAAAUAGAUCUUUAUGGUGGGCCACAUAUGUGCAGAAUGUUGUCAAAGAUUUGGAAUCAUACUUUAUAAACACAUACAAAUGGUCCUAGUAGUAGGAGCAAUUGUUGUUGUUGUUGUUGUUAUUGUUGUUGUUGUUAUUGUGUCAUCAUUUUGAAGAAGGGUAAUCAUGGCAUUGAGAAUGGAGGAUCCAGAACUGGAGGGGAUUAAGACAAAGUUGUUUGAAAGAGCCAUGGAAGGCAGGUGGAAAGAAGUUAUUGAAAUAUACAAAAACAAUACAAUGGCUCACCGGGCCAAGAUCACUGUAUUAGAAGACACAGCAUUGCAUAUUGCUGUCUUAGAAGGCAAAGAAGCUGAAGUUGAAAAAAUGGUGUAUCAGAUUGGAGAGGAUGCUCGAAUGAUAAAAAACAAGAUGGGGAAUACCCCUCUCCAUCUGGCUGCAUCAAUAGGAAAUGUUAGCAUGUGUAAGUGCAUUGCUAAUAGGAAUGCAAGAUUGGUAGGUGCUCGCAACAAGAAAAAUGAAACACCCCUCUUCUUGGCAGCUCUCCAGGGUAAGAAAGAUGCUUUCCUUUGCUUGCUUGAAAUAUGCAGAGACCAAGCCUUGGAGUUCUGUCGAAGGGAUGAUGGUGAAACUAUUCUUCACUGUGCCAUUACUGGAGAAUACUUCGAUUUGGCCUUUACAAUUAUCCUUGAAUUUCCUAAGCUUGCGAACUAUGUAAAUGAGCAAGGACUUUCCCCUCUCCACCUCCUUGCGAAUAAGCCUACUGCAUUCAGAAGUGGCACUCACCUUAGCUGGAUUGACAAGAUCAUUUAUUAUUGUGUUUUUAUCCCAGAACUCAAGCACCACAAAGAGAUGCAUGGGGAAAAAAAGGACUCCUAUUGCUUAGGGAACACCCAGACAUGUGUUGACUUCUUUCUAAAUAUGAGGAACACAACUGAAGGACCAGCAGAAAAUGCACCAAAAUCUGGUGAGCACACAGAUGCAGAGAACCCCAAAGAAGGACAAGCUGGUCCCCAACAUCAAGGUCAUCAAUCAAACAUUGGAGCUGAUGGAAAACAACGGUAUCCACCAAAUUAUGGCAUAUGCUUUGAGUUUAUCAAGCUUGUAUGCAAAGGAAUGCUGGCUAUCCUCCUGUCUAUCCUUGGAUUUGGCUUCAUAUCUUUCUUCAAAUAUGGAUCAAACAAGAUCAAGAGAAUAAUACAUAAAAAACAGAAGCACACUUGGUCUAUUCAGAUCAUGAAAGAACUGCUUCAACAUACUGAAGAAUACAAGUACUAUGAUACUGGAAGCAGUCCCCAUCAAUCACCGUUCCUAGACGAAGUUGAAACAUUUCUUUAUGCUCCUAAUGGAGUAAGAAUGCCUUCCCCCCACCAAUCAACAUUAGAAGAAGAUAAAACAACUCCUUAUACUGCUCCAACUGGAUCAUCAUCCCCAAAAGAUGGAAGGAUGGAUGAGAUAAAGACAGCUUUGAAGAAUACGCCUUCCAAAAGUCCUAUGGAAGCUAACCAAGGGCUUGAAAAUAAGAAAGAAAAUGGGAAGAAGACAAAGAAAACUGAGAAGGUGGAUAAAAAGGAAACUCCUAUACUACUCGCAGCAAAGAAUGGUAUUGCAGAAAUGGUGAGGGAAAUCCUUGACCGUUUUCCAGUGGCUAUUCAAGAUAUGAAUUCAGAACACAAAAAUAUGGUGCUGUUGGCAGUGGAGAAUAGACAACCUCAUGUUUAUGAGCUCUUACUCAAUAGGAAAAUUCAGAAAGACACUGUUUUUCGUAUUGUUGAUAAAGACGGGAAUAGUGCACUGCAUCUCGCAGCAAUGUUAAGAGAUAAUCUGCCUUGGCACAUUCCAGGAGCUGCACUGCAGAUGCAAUGGGAAAUCAAGUGGUUCGACUAUGUGAAGAAUUCCAUGCCAAUUCAUUUCUUUCCUCACUACAACGCCAACAACCAGACCCCAAAGGAGGUUUUCAAUGAAUCACACAAGGAGCUCGUAGAAAAAGGCGGCAAAUGGCUCAAAGCGACAUCUGAUUCAUGCUCUGUUGUUUCAGCGCUGAUUGCGACAGUUGCCUUUGCUACCUCAGCCACAGUGCCAGGCGGCAUCAAGGAAGACAGCGGCAAGCCCAUACUAGAGCGCCAGCCAGCAUUUCGCAUAUUUGCAAUUUCAUCACUCGUGGCCCUCUGCUUUUCAGUAACCUCGGUGGUCAUGUUUCUUGCCAUCCUCACCUCCAGGUACCAAGUGAAGGAUUUUCGCAGAGAUCUACCGAGAAAGCUGUUACUGGGGUUAUCGUCUCUUUUCGUGUCCAUAGCUGCCAUCCUGGUAUCUUUCUGUGCUGGACACUUUUUUGUCCUCAAGGAUGAACUAAAGUAUGCUGCGUUCCCUGUAUAUGCAGUAACUUGCCUACCAGUGACAUUCUUUGCCAUAGCCCAGUUUCCAUUAUACUUGGACCUUGUAUGGGCUACUUUCAAGAAAGUACCAAAGCGUGGCUCCAGGGAUGACACCUAGGGUUUCACAUUGUUCUUCUUUCUUUGAGGUUCCUGACAAAGUAAUCAGGAGCGCUUUGUGUUUGUGCUUGUGUAUGCUAGAACAAGCCUGAAAUAAUCCAGUUUAGGGAUCCCAUAUAAAUGAAGGAUUGUGUUUUUUGAA